AUGAGUGAUCCCAGUAGUGAAGAGGCUUGGGAACGACUUCUGGUUGAGAGCCUCUUGAAACUGUCGGGCGAGCACAGCGUGACACACCAGGAACCCCUUCAGCCAGUAGUGAUGCAGCCCGUCAAGCCCCGGACAUUUCCAGUUCGGGGCCCUACGGACCGCCUCAGCUACGUCUUCCGGCGUUAUGAUGACGGGGUCCAUGGGCGUAAUACCCGCACACUGACUCGCCACAACUUCCGUCCAAAGGGCCCUCGUUGUGGUUUACGGGCUCUGACCACAGGCUGCGCCAGAAUGCGACCGUAUCGGCCUGAUUUGGUGCUGGGCCCGUUCCACUUACUAUUGGUCGCUCCAAUGAUUUAUAGAGCCUCUUCUGAUCACUCUGGAAGAGAGGAUUCUGGUUGA